CCUCAACUUUCGGUGCUCCUUCAGUCCUUCUCCUUCUUCCGGAUCAAAGAACACGUCUUUGUUUCUUUCUUUCUCUACAGACCAAAGAAAAACCAAGAAAUGGAGGCAGAAAGAAGAAUCGGAGUAGCCGUGGAUUUCUCGCCCUGCAGCAAAGCAGCGCUGAAAUGGGCCAUCGACAACGUUGCCCGGAAAGGCGAUCACCUCAUCCUCAUCGUCGUGCGCCCCGGAGGAGACCUUUACGAGCACGGCGAGAUGCAGCUCUGGGCUGUCUCCGGUUCUCCGUUCAUUCCUCUGCCGGAGUUCUGUGAUGCUCAUACUAUGAACAAGUAUGAGGUGCAGCCUGACGCGGAGACCGUGGACAUAGUCACCACUGCAGCUAGUCAGAAAGAGAUUACGGUGCUGGUGAAGAUCUACUGGGGUGAUGCGCGUGAGAAGAUUAUUGAGGCUGUUGACAACAUUCCCUUGAGCUCCCUUGUGAUGGGAAACAGAGGGCUUGGCAAGCUUCAGAGGGUUAUUAUGGGCAGUGUGAGCAACUAUGUGGUAAACAAUGCGCAUUGUCCAGUUACUGUGGUUAAGACUUAAGAGUGAGAAUUAAACCUUUUGGCCCGUAUGCCCCAUCUGGUAAAUAAGUGCAAUGCUGCCUCUGGUAUAAUUGCUUCAUUUCGCAACCACCUACUAGUCUGUAUAAGAACUUCUCGUUUCUCCUUUGUUAGUUUAUAUGAAGUAAUAGUUGUGUGUUGAAGUCAGAUAGAUUUCAUGUAUGUAGAUGUUGAAAUUUGUUUGCGCCACCUUGUAUCACGUGAAUUCAACUUAUAACUGAUUAUGGUGAUUUUCAUCCCCGAAUUUAAAUUUUGAAACAUGUUUACUCA